GAUGGACCAAGCAGAUGACCCACCUGAUGGCCAACGUGUGGUAAAUAAAAAAAGAUUGAUCAAUUCAUUAGUGUUAUCGACAGAGGUGGUAGACCGAGUAGCUUUUAAAAUGUACAUGCCGGAAGAAUUGCGCUGGCAGAAGACUCUCCUAGGGCACACGGUAAAGUUCACAAUGUCACGAGGAUCAUGCAUCGGUGAUUGUGAGAGCAACACGAAGGCUGCUGUGACUGCGUUAAAAUCUUGGCUGCAGGCUCAUGAAGAUGCUCAGGUGAUGUUUGCCAGUGUAUUGGUGGUGGUUGGUAUGUGGUGGCUGGUGAAGACGAUGCUGGCUCUGCUCAUCAACCUUGUGUGUCCCAUCCUGGUGGUUGUACUUGCUGUGGUCUGCGUCCCGCAGUUACGUGCUCCUUUGCUGGGGCAAAACUACCCCCUCCUUGCUAACCUCAUAAGAAGUAUCCUGCUGAAGAUGGCUGAAAAAAUUAAGGUGUAAACCACAGAAUGAAGAACAUACAGAAGCCGUGUACACGACUAUUAUUGAAGUAUCAAACACCAUUCCACUCUUGUAGUGUUUCUCGAUCAGGCGUUUAGUCACUUCAUACCAUUUAGCAGUUGACAGUAAUUAUUUUACCUCUAAUGUUCUAAACGUUUACCAUUAAUUGGCUAAAGCUUUGGCAGCUAACAAUAUUCCGCGGGAGAUGUAGUUCCAUGAGAUGUAUGCGGGGCGUUUUCACUGUUUUUAGAAACUGCAUCCAAUAAUGGCUGAAUGAGGGUUCUGUAUGUUCCAAAUUCUGUGGUGUAAACAUUGUUUGACUUGCACGUUUUAAAAGGUUUUCAAGAGAUUAAACUCACGGUUAUUAAACUCGCCUAUGUAAUCUACAUUGCUGAAUUGCGCAAUUAUCAUUGUUAAUCUUUUCUGUACUCAU